GAUAUGUCUUCGUCCAGUCCGAACUCAGGGUCGAAGACCGGAACCAACAGUCGACCGACCAGCAAAGACGGCUCUAAGAAGAACAUUUGGUCUUCGCUAUUAGAUACCGUUGCUAAUGGGAAGCGCUUGCCUGAAAAGAACUUGUUGGUGCUAGGUGGUACACCGGACAGCCAGCGAGAAUUCCUCGACACCUUCUCCGCCGAUACAUCUGCGGACCCCGCUCUAGCAAAUGACAAACGAAAGGGUAAAGGGAAGGUCCCGCCAAUCGCCAAUCAGUUUGCGCUCGGCUACACAUAUCGAGAUGUUCUUGACGCCGAUAAAGAAGAUACGCUGGCCCGCGUCUCAGCUUAUCUCCUGUCCGAACCCUCUCCGUCAUUUGCGCCCCUUCUCAAACCACUCUUGACCCCCAAGUCUGUACCGGAAACGCUGGUUGUGAUCCUAAUGGAUUGGUCAGACCCAUGGACGUGGGUCCGGAGGCUCAGGGAAUGGGUCCGUCUACUGCGCUCUGUACUUGUUUCGCUCGACGACGAGACCAAGAUUGUUAUGGAAGAAACAAUGCUGGAAUGGCGUGACCGUAAACGAGGAAUGGAUGCGACUAACGCGACUGCCGGUGGCCUUUCAAACUCAAGUGGCCCAAUCACAAUACCUCUAGGUCCAGGCGAAUGGGAUGAAGGCCUCGGUAUUCCUAUGUGUGUUGUCUGCCAAGGAGCGGACAAAAUUGAGAAACUGGAAAAGGAUCAUGGAUGGCAUGAAGAGCAAUUCGACUUCAUCCUCCAGUUCCUCAGAACGAUUCUCUUGAAGCACGGCGCAUCCCUCAUUUAUACUACCCCAUUCCUGGCAGGCUCACUUCAGGGCUUAGUCCACUCCUCACUCGGCAUACAUUCUUUGCUGAAGAAGGAAUCAUUAAAACAUAAUGUCAUUGACCGCGACAAGAUUCUCGUGCCAGCAAACUGGGACUCAUGGGGCAAGAUUCGAAUCAUCCGAGAGGGGUUCGACAUGGAAGGAGUGUCAACGGCGUGGUCUAUCGAGAUUCAAGAUCCCCCCGAGUCGAUCUAUCAAACCACAAACAGUGCCCAAGAAAACGAGCACGGCCUAGCGGAAGAUGGCACAAGUGCCGUGACCACGUUUGAACAAACAAUUUAUGAUCCCAAGCAAGGCACAGUUGGCGCCAACCCGAACAACAACAGCACCAAGAUCGAGAUUGAAUCCACUGAUCUCCAAGAUUUCUUUGCGAAUCAAGCGAAUAUUUUGGAAGAUCUUAAAGCCAGAGACGACAAGGAGCACACAACUCAGCAAGCACCACAACUGGAAAUGUCACCCAUGGCCGACGAAGGCAAAGUAAACGAGCAUAUCGGUCCUGUGCAAUUCAACAUGGGCGGAAUCCAAGUGGACGCCGAUGAUAUGUUGAAAAAGCUUCGGGAUCGAGAAGCCGUUCGAACUCAAAAGAAAGAGACUCCAACUCCGCCUGCUAGCGAUGACAAGGCGCACAAUCAGGCUUUGGCAAACUUCUUUGCUGGUCUUGUCAAGAAACCUGGCUCAAGUCCCCGUGGAAGCCCCUCGGCUUGA